AUGUUGAACAGACAAUUUAUUCGUGGAUUUGCUUCCUCCAAGCCAGCUAGAAACUAUGCUUCUACCAUUAAGAAUUUAAAGGUUAAUGCUGAUACCAAGGUUAUCUACCAAGGUUUCACUGGUAGACAAGCCACUUUCCAUGCCGAACAAGCCAUUGCUUAUGGUACUAAGGUUGUUGGUGGUACCAAUCCAAAAAAGGCUGGUACUACUCACUUGGAUCAACCAGUUUUUGCUAAUGUUAGUGAUGCCAUUAAGCAAACUGGAGCUAAUGCCACUGGUAUUUUUGUUCCCCCAUCAAUUGCUGCCGCAGCCAUUGAAGAAGCCAUUGAAGCUGAAAUCGAAUUGGCUGUUGCCAUUACUGAAGGUAUUCCUCAACACGACAUGGUUAGAAUUGCUCAAAUGUUGAAAACUCAAUCAAAGACCAGAUUAGUUGGUCCAAAUUGUCCAGGUUUGAUUGCUCCUGAACAAUGUAAGAUUGGUAUUAUGCCAUCCCAUAUUCAUAAAAAAGGUAAAGUUGGUGUUAUUUCAAGAUCAGGUACUUUAACUUAUGAAGCCGUUGCUCAAACUACUCAAGUUGGUUUAGGUCAAUCUUUAGUUAUUGGUAUGGGUGGUGAUCCUUUCCCAGGUACCAACUUCAUUGAUGCAUUAACUUUAUUCUUAAAUGAUAAAGAAACUGAAGGUAUUAUUUUAAUUGGUGAAAUUGGUGGUACCGCCGAAGAAGAAGCUUCUGAAUUCUUAAAACAACACAACUUAACCAGACCUGAAGGUGCCAAACCAGUUGUUUCCUUCAUCGCUGGUGUUUCUGCUCCUCCAGGUAGAAGAAUGGGUCAUGCUGGUGCCAUUGUUGCUGGUGGUAAAGGUGAUGCCAACUCUAAAAUCGCUGCUUUAGAAUCUGCCGGUGUCGUUGUCGAAAAAUCCCCAGCUAGAUUGGGUAACUCCUUGUUAUCUGAAUUCAAAAACAAAGGUUUAUUGUAA